CCAUGUUACGGAACACACUUCUAGAGCCAUCGCCAAACGUUUUCAUUAUUAUCAGAGACUUGUAAAUGGUUUUUGGAAGCGUUGGCAUGCCGAGUAUCUGAAGUCUCUGACAUCCCUCAAGAAAUGGUCUAUAGUUGGGCGCGAGAUACAUAAAGAUGACUUGGUCUUUGUUAGCGAAGAUCACUCAGCCCGCGGCCAGUGGCAGCGUGCCCGUGUGGAAGCCAUGCACCCAUCCAGGUCGAGAUUGUUUUAUCUCGUCUAUUACCUUGCGACUCACAUCUGGAAGUCUUACUCGUCGCCCAGUCGAUGCUGUGAUGCUGAACUAGCUGCUGAACUUGAUUGAACUUGUUGGAUACAUUGUUUAUCACUUUGUUGAUGCACUCCCUGCAUCGGGCGGGAGUAUGUUCCGAAAUGUUAAAUUUACGGACACGCGGGCAGUAAGCCCUAAGUUAAAAAUAAUCGUUCGAAACACCUAUAAUACACGAGCUCAUUUACUCAGAGUGAUAUUUUGCUUUUUGUUGUCUUGUAUGUGUAUUUUUUAUUUCUUUUCUUUUUUUUCUUUAUUUGGGGGAGGGGGGCUGGUGUUGUCUAGCUAAGCAGUUUUUUUUUUGUACUUUCCCAUUGUUUUAUUACACUAAAGAAUAAUCUUUGGGUCUGUCUUUUUCUAGGCCUUGAUGACUCUCUCGUUUUAGCCAAUGACGCUAGCAUGAUAUCGCAGUUAAAUUCCUGGCUUAGUCCCAAGUUACGCAGUUCUUACAGUUACUGGAAACUGUGUUACAGAGCUUCCGUUGACGGUUGGAGAUCACGGACCUUUCACAAUCGUUGCGAUAACAAAGGAGCCACUGUUACCAUUGUAAAGGUUGGGAGCUAUAUUUUCGGAGGUUACAACGACAAUUCAUGGCAAGGUAAGUUCUCAAAUAUGGUAAGCAUGGCGCCAUGAUCGUCCUUUGUUCAAAAUAAUGUCUUAAACCUAGGAUGAGGAAGAAGGGUCUGUUUUACAACCCUCCUGUCUUUUGUAACAUUAGGGGGGUGGGGGGGGGGGGGUGACAACUCUAACAAAGGCUGUUUGGGCAGUGCUAUGAAUAACUUUACGUCCUCACGGAAAUUUGGACGACCCUCCCGAAUUUUUCCGUGGCAUUCCCCAUGUUUAAUGUUUAACUUCCCGAAAUUGUUUCAACAAUUAAAAUUAUAAUUUUAUUAGAGAUUUUCUGCAGCUUCUUGUUAAUUAUCUAACUUGUUAAUUAUCUAACCUUAGUUAUUUUUUCGUUUAGUGGAGUUGAACACUUUUUAAGUAUAUAAAAUCGUGUGGGUUUUUUUUAAUCACCGACUAAUCAGGCGAGCGCUGGAGGGGCCGGCCACUAGGGGGGUCUGGGGACAUGUUCCCCCAUAAAAUUGUGAAAUCUUGGUGCUCUGAAACGCCAUUUCUAGUGUUCUGAGAGGAACAAUUCUGUCCAAAAUGUGCUCUAAAUCAAUUGUCAUUUUUAUGCUUAUUUUCAUUGGCGUGACUUCGUGACUUUGUAUUCGUAUUUGUAUUUUAUUUUUACUCCAUCCUAUAGAUAAUACAUUAGUCGUACAAUGUCAAUUAAUACAAAGUUGCUUAAACUACGUGUACAUAAUAAUAAUAAUAAAAGAAGAAAAUUAGAAUGGAGAAGGGCACACUAUAGAAAACUAAUUAUGGUCCUUUAACAAGAUUGACUCUAUUCUAUAUAGCUUUGUUAUUCAUUAACACACAAACACGCACACACGCACACACACACGCACACAAGUCAAUAUUGAGCAAGGUAAUAUUUUUUAAGUGCCUUUUUGAACAGGAUUUUCGAUGAUUUAUUGCGAAUAGAAAGGGGGAGAUCGUUCAAAUGGUAUUUUCCAAGACGGUAGAGCAAAACUUUCGAAUAUUAAUUCUUAAGUGGGGAAUGUGUAAUUGCUGAGCAGAUGCACUUCGUGUAAAAUAAUUGUGUUGCUCAGAUACAAGAAAUAAUGGAAAAUUACACGGCUUAUUAUCAGAGACAUAAUCAUAUAAAAACAAACAAUUGUAAAUUUUAACACUAUCACGAAAUUUUAAUAAACCUAGAUGAACAUAAUGAGGAGUGAUAUGAUCUCGUAAAGGAACGUCAUUCAUUAAUCUAACUGCUUUAUUUUGUCGACGUAUGAGCUGUGAUAAUGGAUUAUCUUAAUUAUUUCCCCACAAUAAGCAACCAUAUAUGAGAUAUGGGUAAACAAGAGAAUAGUAAAUACUAGUUAAACAUUGAUUUCCUAGACAACUUUUUAUCUUUGUCAUAAUAUUAAUACUCUUACUGACUUUAUCACAAACAUAGUCGAUAUGGUCAUGCCAGGAUAGGUGGCUGUCAAUAUAGAUACCUAAGUAUUUAAUUUGGAUAACAUGUAACAUCAAAUCUUUGCUCAAUAACUUCCGAAACAGCCCUUGUUAGAGCUGUCACCCCGCGUAACAAUGAUAAACAGAUACCAUUAUGUCAUCUUAAGGUGGCCCAACUGGAUUUUUAGAGGAGGUACCUUCCAAGUUUGAGCAUCAACUACGUCGGUAUGAGUAAAGAUAUGGGAAAAAGGUUACCAUAACUGUAUUAUAAUAAAGAUGAAAAUUUCUUAUGACCUGGGUUUUAUUGCAGUCGGAGUCGCCAUGGUAACGUAAGGACGCCAUAACGUUUUUUAUUUAUCUUUGUGUUUCUCUGUACCAGGAGUUUUUUUAAGAAAUCGCUUAAGGGAGUAUGUACCUGCCAUAAUUGCCUCAAUUAUGGCAAAGUUUGAACAAAUUCUAUGAGAGCGUCUUGGAAACAUUUUGAAACGAAGUUUUAAGAGUCAUAAAAACAGUGAAAUAGCAUGCUAUCCACACAAUUAGCUAAUAUUUUAAGAAAAUGAUAAGAUUUAGAAAUGCGGCUUCAUCUCAUAGAGGUUUGAUUUCAUUGAAAACUGCGUACAAAACUCGAGGGGAAUUGCUCCGGGCGAUCGCGAGUUAGAAGAAUGUUAUUAGCCUGCAUUCAGCUGCUUUUGUUACAUUUUUUGCAAGUAAUUUGGUCCAUGCCUACAAAUUUCCCAUUUUCAAACAACUGCUCGAUACAUUUUUUUACAAACUUGACAAUCACGAGAUCAAUCGUCAAUAGCUAUACCCUGCAAGUUUCAAGAACAUUGAAAACAGGAAAGGCCUUUAAAUAGGGCCUCAAAUAUAACCAAUUUUUCCCUUUACAAGUGAGCGUUCUCAUUAUUCACUGGCAUUGUUUUCAAGUUUCAUAUGCACGUGCACAACUAGCAAACAUAUUGAAUUUGCAUAAAACAGGACCCUCGGUUGCUUUCCGAAAAAAUCUUCAGAAUAUUCUAAUAACCGGGUAAAGAAAUUAGGGUAAAGGAUUUCUUUGAUGUUAUAACCCGAGUAAGAUAAUUAAGUAUUGCAUCCUACACGAUGAGCCGUGACGUUCACCGUUCGGCUCCCCCUGAUAUUUCUUCGGAAAGUAAUCGAGAGUUCUUUUUCAUGCAAAUUUGUUUCUUUUGCUUGUUGUGCACGUGUAUAUGAAACUUAAAAAAACAAUACCAGUGAAUAAUGAGAACGCUCGCUUGUAAACACAAACUCUGAGGGAAAAAUUCGUUAUAUUUGAGGCUGUAUUUAAAGGCCUUCCGUGUUUUUAAUGUUAUUGAGACAAUUGAUCUCGUGAUUGUCAAGUUUAUAAAAAAAAAUUAUCGAGCAGUUUUUUUGAAUAAUGCGUUAUUGUGUAGACAUGGACCAAAUUACGUGCAAAAAUGUAACAAAAGCAGCUGAAUUCAGGUUAAUAACAUUCUUCUUAGAGCCUGUUUACAUGGGGUGGGGGACCCCGGUCUAGUGGGGUAGGUUUCUUUUGUUUUGUGUCCCCUAGAGCGUGAAAACAAAAGAAACCAACCCCACUAGACCGUGGUCCCCCACUCCAUGUAAACAGGCCCUAACUCGCGCUCGCCCAGAGCAAUUCCCCUCGAUUUUUGUACGCAGAUUUCAAUGGAAUCAAACCUCUAUGAGAUGAAGCUGCGUUUCUAAAUCUUAUCAUUUUCUUAAAAUAUUAGCUAGUUGUGUGGAUAGCAUGCUAUUUCACUGUUUUCAUUACCAAAUUACGUGCAAAAAAUGUAACAAAAGCAGCUGAAUGCAGGCUAAUAAAAUUCUUCUAACUCGCGCUCGCCCAGAGCAAUUCCCCUCGUUUUUUGUACGCAGAUUUCAAUGGAAUCAAACUUCUAUGAGAUGAAGCCGCAUUUCUAAAUCUUAUCAUUUUCUUAAAAUAUUAGCUAAUUGUGUGGAUAGCAUGCUAUUUCACUGUUUUCAUGACUCUUACAUCAUCGUUUCAAAAUAUUUCCAAGACGCUCUCAUAGAAUUUGUUCAAACUUUGCCAUAAUUGAGGCAAUUAUGGCAGGUACAUACUCACUUAAGCGAUUUCUUAAAAAAAGCUCCUGGUACAGAGAAACACAAAGAUAGAUAAAAAACGUAAUGGCGUCAUUACGUCACCAUGGCGACUCCGAUUGCAAUAAAACCCAGAUCAUAAGAAAUUUUCAUCUUUAUUAUAAUACAGUUGUGGUAACCUUUUUCCCAUAUCUUUACUCAUGCCGGCGUAGUUAAUGCUCAAACUUAGGAGGUAUCCCCCCUAAGAAAUCCAGUCGAACCACCUUAACAGAAAAAAAAAUCUUUAUUGCGGGCGACAAGAGGAGCCCGCAAUCCUAAUGUCCAGGUUGUUAUUACGCAUACGUCGCAUGUAUGUGCCAGCAUUCGUCGCAUUCGUUUGGACUUCCACUAAGAAUAUAAGGAAUGCACAGAACGCAAUUUGAUCAAGAGUGUUUGGACCUUCUAUCACUCGAAAUCUGAUCACGCGCGUUUUUGACCAUCUGUCACGUGAAACUUACGCAAAGCACAGCGGUGGAACAAAAGCGUUUUGACCUUCGAUUGUUGUCGCCCGCACUCCGUAAACUUUGGUUUUUACUAGUUACCGUACUAAAUGAUUUUAAGAUCCUUGUUUUAUAAAUUUUACUCCUACCCAUAACAAGAUGAGGAGUAGUUUGCAAUCAUUACAUACUCCAUUUUUGACCACGGUUUAAGUAUAAAUUAUUGACGAAUAAUUUGGAAAAUAAACCGUCACUUUGACAGAUCGAGGGAAAGAAAACGAUUGUAGUUAUUCAUUACCGAUCGAAGUUUUCAUCGAAUUUUAACCUUUUGAACAGAAUAUUUAUUACGGAAUGAAAAAAUAUCUGUUUCUAAUAUUUCUGUUCUUCUGCACUUGUUUACACAAAUGAAAGUUCCUGUUUGGUUAAUUCUUUUCGAUUAAGCAAUUUUACCCUGUAUCUGAAUGCAUAAUAAACAACAAGCAAUAACAACAACUUUAGUUUGUUAAUGUCAUUAGAGAAUAAUUUAAUCAGGUCUAUUCUUCUACCAUGUGAGCUCAUAGACUAUCAUGUACGAGAGUAGUUUCACUGACCUCGUGGUCAUCAAAUUGGAGCUUGAGUGUCGGAGUUGAAGAUGUAUACAUAGGACUUUAUUGUUCCUGACAGUGUUGACCGUGCAUGUGUAACGUUGUUGUGAUAGUUAAGACUCAAGCAAGGACCUGUUCUGCAUUUUUUAACAAUAAUGUAUGUCUCUCUUCAGGGUCUUCAGUGUCAUACCAAUACUCGUCCAACACCUUCAUAUACUCGCUGAAAAACUAUUACGGAUAUGGUUACUUUAAAAACGACGUCAACGUCCACUAUUAUUAUGCCACAUACAGCAGCUAUGGCUAUGGUCCAACCUUCGGAGGGGGUCAUGAUUUGUACAUUGCAGAUAACGCAAGAUACAAUCAUAACUCUUACUGUUAUUGCUAUUCGUAUACUAGUCCCUAUUGUGAUAACAAUAUCUGGACCGGAAAUCAGAACUUCAGCCCAGAGGAGGUGGAAGUUUACUAUGAAAUUCUUGUUUAA